GGCGCCCGGCAGCCAAUGGGCGCGCAGCUCGGCCCGCCGCCCGCAGCCAUGGAGCCGGCGGCCACCAGCAUCCAGGUGCUGCUGCAGGCGGCCGAGUUCCUGGAGCGGCGGGAGUGCGGGGCGGCCGCUCCCCGGUACCCGCCGGGCCUGGCCGAGGCCGAGCACGGUUACGCCUCGCUGUGCCCCGCGCGGUCCCGCCGGGCCGUGGGCAGCGUCAGGUCGGUGCACAACGCGCUGGAGAAGCACAGGAGAGCCCAGCUCCGGUGUUGCCUGGAGCGGCUGAAGCAGCAGGUGCCGGCAGGGCCGGCCCGUCCCUCCACGCUGAACCUCUUGCACCGAGCCCGGCUUCACAUCCAGAGGCUGGAGGAGCAGGAGCUGAGAGCCCGGAAGGCCAAGGAUCGGCUGCGUAAUCAGCAGCGGAGCUUGCGUCGGCGGCUGGAGUGGCUGCUCUCACCCGCCAGUGGGGAACGAGCGCGGGCUGACAGCCUGGACUCGUCCCAGCUCUCGGAGCCCUCCGAGGGAGAGGAUGUUGAGAUAGAGGUGGACAGUGUGGUGUUCGGAGGGGACCUGCUGCCUGGCUUUGGAACCGGGAGGGACCACAGCUACUCCAGCCCCCGCAGCCCCACGUCCUGACAGCACACGCAGCCCGCCCUGCUCUGUCUGCUUCCUCCCUGCCCGCCGCCCAGAACGCAGCCUCCUCCGCUGGGCUCAUCACGGCUGCCUGGGGCAGGUGCCACGGGCAGGGGCAAGCGCACAGCUUCGCCCCCUGCAGCUGGACUGCUGAGUGGUGCUGGCCACAGCGCUGGGCACGCUGGGCUGGCACAACACCAUGGCACCCACCGGGAGAAGGGCCGGCUGUCGUGGGGACACCCUCCCACCUCCCCUGGGGCAGGCUGGGGGCCAGGGGCCGCCUGGCGUGGGCGUGGGGCAGCACAGCCCCAGCGGACACAGCUCCAGGAAGGCUCUGCUGCCACGGUGAGCCAGGAAGGGGAAACGAGUGCAUUAAGCAACCUGCCUUCACGCCCCCCGCCCCGGCUCUGUUGUACAUACCCAACACUAUUCUAGUAAAGGCACUUAGUGAAACCCA